AUGAAGCCCAUUGCAACCUUUUUCUUUGUCUUUACACUAUGCCUCUUAAUUGUGCUGCCACAAGAGAUUGCUGCAAAUCAAGAGGGUGUGGUCACCGAGCAAAUUCAGCAAGCUUGUGAACACACAGCUCACAAGCCUCUGUGUCUCUCAACCCUAUCGUCUGACCCAAAUAGCCAACAAGCCACCAACCUAACAAUCCUGGCUCAGGUUGCACUCUCUAUCGCAUCCCAAAAUGCCUCAGACAUCACUGACUUGGUUAAGACGUUGGUAAAUGACCAGAGUUUAGAGCCUCGUGUUCAGCAAGCCCUAGCUGACUGCUUGGACCAUUAUCUUGACGCAGCUGAACAGCUUGAUGACUCGCUUGCUGCUUUGAGUGUGGGUGCCCAUGAAGAUCUCAAAACUUGGGUGCAUGUAGCCAUUGGUGAUGCUGGUUUAUGUGACGCAGGGUUCAAGGGACUCAAGGAAAACGUGAUGCUUCAUAAGAACAAAGUCUUUCACCACUUAUGCCAGAAUGCCUUAGCCAUCGCCGAGGUCUCGGUCUCAGCAGCUGGAAAGUGA